AUGGAUUUGAAUACAAGUGUUAAAUCUGAGAUGGCGAGCCCUGGGAAAAGAAGCAUAUCCAUGGUGGAUUAUGACAUUUCAGAGACGACCAAACGUGUGAAAAGACGGAGAAGGUCUCCCCCUGCAAUUGAACUGAAUGAGAACAUUGGCCAACAAGGUGAAAAGCAGAAGAUGGACUCAUCUAAAGUUGAUCAAAAUAUUGCUCAUACACCUACUGUGAAGAGAAGUUCAAGAUUCAGAGGGGUUAGCAAGCAUCGAUGGACGGGGCGUUAUGAGGCUCAUUUGUGGGACAAGAGUUCUUGGAAUGUAACUCAGAAAAAGAAAGGAAAACAGGUCUAUCUUGGAGCAUAUGAUGAAGAAGAAUCUGCAGCAAGAGCAUAUGAUUUGGCUGCAAUCAAGUACUGGGGUACAUCAACUUUCACUAAUUUUCCGAUAUCUGAUUAUGAGAAAGAAAUUGAAAUAAUGCAAACUGUGACUAAGGAGGAGUACUUAGCCUCUUUAAGAAGGAGAAGCAGUGGUUUCGCCCGGGGUGUAUCUAAAUACAGAGGAGUAGCAAGGCAUCAUCACAAUGGCAGAUGGGAAGCAAGAAUAGGAAGAGUUUUCGGUAACAAAUACCUCUACUUAGGUACUUACAGUACUCAAGAGGAAGCAGCUCGAGCUUAUGACAUUGCUGCAAUUGAAUACAGAGGGAUUAAUGCUGUGACUAACUUUGACUUAAGCACCUAUAUUAGAUGGCUAAAACCAGGUGCCAAUUCUCAGAUGUCAUUCCAAGACAUAAGAUCAGAAAAUCAGGCUAUACAAAUGAACACUAACGAUAUGAUUAACCCGAUAAAUGAUCCUAAAUUCCCUUUCAGCUCCAAUUAUUUUACCACAACUAGAGAAACUCUGCCCCCUAUUCCUCAGAGCCAAGAACCUAUUGAAAGAAAAAUGCCCUUAAGUCCGUGCAACAAGUCGUCUUCCCCUACAGCUCUCAGCCUUCUGCUUCGCUCCUCCAUGUAUCGUGAGCUUGUGGAGAAGAAUUCUACCACUACUGCUAGUGAAAAGGACGAGCCAAACAUGAAGAAUAAAGAACAAUCAAACACAGAAGAUGGGUUUGUGUUUUACACAAGUCAUAAGUUGCCUCCAUUGGAGUCUUUGGAGAAGGGUACUUCUUCUCGUCCGUGUGAUAGAGCAGGGCAGUCCUUUUGGAAUGCGAUGCCUUAA